AUGUCUUCAACUUCAUCUAAAAUAGUCCUGGCCUUAUCCUUUAUCAUAAGCGGAGGCAUUGUUACUUAUGUUCAUGUUAAACAACAAAUGGACAGGGAUAGGAUGCAUGAAGGAGUAAUAAAAGAUACAGAAAGACAGCAAAAAAGGAAAAUAGAAAAUCUUUACAUACUUGAAAAGCAAAAUGAAUUGACAAAACAGCUCAAAAAGGAUUUAGGUAGUUCUUAA